UACAAAGAAAUCAAAAAUGUGAAAAAUCCCAUCAUCUCCUCAAUCUCUCACCACAAGAGACACAAUACCAGAAAUAAACUCACAUACACAAAACUGAUUAAACAGCUUUUGGGAGUGUGGAACCAAUUUUACUCGAUCAAAUUAUUCACUCUUCCCAAAAGCUUAAUAAUUUCUUCCUUCAUUUUUCAUAAUAAUUUCUGGGUUUUUUUAUUUUAAUUUUUUGGGAAGCUUUGAUAAUGGCUACAAAAGCUCCACCAAUCACAGGUUUACGCCUAGCUGCCUCCGCGCCAUCUACAACAAGCGCUGCUUCUCACAAGCUUUCUGUUGUUAGAGUUUCUUUAAGGUCUUCCUUUUUUGGUAACAAUGUUGGAGCAUUGAGAUUGAGUGGAGUUCAAUUACUACAUUCCAAUAAGUCUAGGUGUAACGGCCUCGGUGGAGGUUCCCUUGGUUCACAAAUGAACCUCUUUGAUCGAUUUGCUAGAGUUGUUAAGUCAUAUGCAAACUCGAUUCUAAGCAGUUUUGAGGAUCCAGAGAAAAUUCUGGAACAAACUGUUCUUGAAAUGAAUGAAGAUUUGACGAAAAUGCGCCAGUCAACGGCGCAGGUAUUGGCAUCUCAAAAGCAACUGGAAAAUAAGUGUAAAGCCGCACAGCAAGCUUCAGAAGAUUGGUAUAAAAGGGCACAACUUGCACUGAGCAAAGGGGAUGAAGACCUUGCUCGUGAAGCUUUGAAGAGGCGGAAAUCUUAUGCUGAUAAUGCUAGUGCUUUGAGGGCUCAGCUUGAUCAGCAAAAGAAUGUUGUUGAAUCUCUUGUCUCAAAUACUAAGCUCUUGGAAAGCAAAAUACAGGAGGCAAAAUCAAAGAAAGACACUCUCAAAGCACGUGCUCAAUCUGCAAGGACUGCUACUAAAGUAAGUGAGAUGGUGGGAAAAGUGAAUACAAGCGGUGCUCUUGCCGCUUUUGAGAAAAUGGAAGAAAAAGUAAUGGCUAUGGAAUCAGAAGCAGAUGCACUUAAUCAGUUAACCAGUGAUGAUCUUGAAGGGAAGUUUGCGUUACUGGAAGGCACUUCUGUUGAUGAGGACUUGGCUAGCUUGAAGAAUGAAUUAUCUGGGAGCUCAAAGAAAGGAGAACUCCCUCCAGGGAGAACAGUGGUUGCCAAAUCACCCUUUAGAGAUAUGGAAAUCGAGUCAGAGCUGAAUGAGCUCCGAAGAAGAGCCAGCGAUUAUUAGAUAUUGAUUUAUACGAAGUAGUUUUCAUCAUUUUCUCUGUGUAAAUUAUUUCUCAAUCUAAGCCAAAUCACGUUUUUUGUAAUGCUCACACAUUGUUAAGCUUACAAUCUAGGAAGAGAUGCAAUUUACAAUACAAGCUUGUGAAAUACAAGUAAUCAUUGACCUUUGUAAAUGCAAAGUAUUCCCGGUGCUUUUAAUGUA